UUCUUCCAGGGCACGAACUUAGAAGGAUCCAAGGAGUGGGACAGGCUCUUGAAAGAGCUGGCCAAAUAUCAUCGCCACUCGGAAGAAGAGCUGUGCCGGCAACACUCGGAGGACGUCAAACAUGCCGGAUUCGGCCCGGAAGGGAUCGCCCUCCAAGAUGGAGCUUUGUUCUCUCAGGAGGAGAUCCUGCAAAACCUUGUGUCGCUCCGUUUGGAUCUACAAAAGGCCGACUCCUCCCUGACGAUGGAAGCUUCAAAAGAAAAUAAUAAUGAAACCCAGAUUGCAGAAGCCAAGCUCAGUCCAGCGGGAUCAACUUCCCAGAAGGAUCAAGCCAUGGCAAGGAAGGUGGUGAAACAAGAAGCCCUGAAGCAAAUAUACAUACACAGGGUUUUGGACCAUUACAGCAACCUCCAGAGAAAGGCUUGUCCAGAAGAGGUUUUGCAAGCCCUGGAGCCCUUCUGUACAGGGGAAAAGGUGGCCCGGGAUGUGGUUCAGUCUGUUGAAAAGCAGCAAGUGGAGAGAGCUGUGGCUUUCCUCCAGAAGCAGAGCCAAGAGGAGGAAGACUUGUCCGCUUCUUGCAGCGAAAAGGAUGAAGCAAAGCUCAGAAAGCUUCAGGCGCUGAUCCGGAUGGAGUUGCAAACCCAGAUAGAGGAGAAGGUUGUGGGUCAACUACAACUCCCAGAAAUGAAGUUGGAAGCCAAAGAAACAGAAAUCGUCUUGGAAGCCAUGAAACACAACACAAGCCUCUCUGCCCAUUUCAUUGUGUGUUUCCUUCUGAGUCGCCGGCACUUGAGGCAAGCCGUUCUGGUGUUGGAAGCCAACCUUGAGCUCCAGGAAACCGGACUAAAGACUCAAGGCGAUGGGAGCUCCGUGGAAGACUUGGCCCUGGAUGACCCAUUGGUGGAUCAAAAUACAAAAGCAGUUGUCCACCUGUUGAAGGAGAAGAAGGACUAUGUCUACUCUGUGCUUCAGUUGCUGCAAGCGUCCCAGAUGCUCCAGUUGAGAGAGAGGCAGUUUCAGGAGAUGGUCCAGAAACUGAAAGCUCAUUCUUCAGACCAGCAUCUGGAAGAGGCAGACCAAAUGGUCAGAGAACUUCAAGAGUUCAGGCAACGCAAAACGAAGGAGCUGGAGGAGAAUCUGAGAACUUCCCUAAAGAGCCCCAGAACACAAGAAGGUCGUUCAAAGAAUCCCAAUGAUCUCCAGAGUGAAAGGCCCCUGUUAGAAAAAGAUCAUAAGCGAGAAGGAAAGGAGAGAUGGCAGAGUUUCCAACAAACCUGGUUGGUCGAGCUGGAGGAAACGUACAGGGGCCAGAUAUCAGAGGAGAAAGCAAGACUCCAAGAUCAGUUGGAAAAAGGAGAACUCAAGAAAUGGUCAAAACAGAACCUGCUGAGAGAACAUGAUGAGACUGUGACUUUCUUAGACAAGGUUUUCCAGCAAGAGAUGCACAAACGUAGAGAGAGGAUGGAGAAAGAAAGAAGGAGACGCUCCCAUCCACAGGACGGAGAUCCUCCAGCUUCUGGAUCUCCACAAGAACGACAGCAACCCAACCUGGUUGAGGAGGACAAAGUCUUCUCUCUCUUGACUGAAUAUGUCAAGAUCCUGAAGCAGACCGAACUUCUGGUGAUGUUGCGGCUCUUCCUCUUGAACCCUCGGUUCAGACCACUCCUGUCUGAUGGAAGCGAAGCCGAUGGAAAGCCAUCUUCCCAAAUCCUUGCUCUUCUGAACGAAGUGAAUUGCCAGAUCCGAAAGUGUGCCUCAGCAGCUGGACUUCUAGAAAACCAACAUGAAGAAUAUGAUAAGGGCACUUCUUUCCGGGAUAUAAUGGACAUUCAAAUGAUUCCAAAAUCUGGGGAGAGUCUUGUGCCUCUGGUCCCAUCAAGCCUUUCCACAAAAGAAUUUGUCAUCUAUCAAUACGGCAUCGUCGUCUUGCGAUUCCUGAGGCCUCUCAUCGGCGGUCCAGAGAUUGACUUACGCCUUGCUUCCAGCAUCCCUUUAAGCAAUGCACCUGGGAAUGCUUUUCAACACACUUUCUAUUAUCAGCCUUCAGGCCACAAACUCUUCGUCUUGAGGCAAUGCCUCGGUUGCGUGGGCAGCUUCCUCCUGCUCCUUGUCCACUGCCUGGCCCACAUUGCUGCCAAUGAUCUCGGCCACGACUCAAACCCAGCCUUCCGGAGACUCUUCCAUCAGGCACUUAAGGCCUGCCUGGGGGAACUGUUCUUUCUCAGGCUCCGGGCGUCUUCAUUUUCGGAGGACGGUAAAUCGGCAGCAAGGAUGAUUAAUGAGGCUUUCCUGAAGAGAGAGGGGGUCGCGGAUGAGAAAAGGAAUCUCUCCUCUGGGCUUUCGGAUGGAAAAGCGAAGCCUUCCGCAGACUCAGAAGAGGUAAUAUAUCUGAAGAAAGGAGAAGGCAUCUCGCAGAGGACAAUGCAUGAGGAUCAGCUGCUCCAUCAGCCUAAGGCACUUGGCUUGGAAGAGGACUCUUUGCCGAAGGAAAAUGCAAGAACAUGA